AUGCCACCCCGCCGAACACAUCGCCGCGGUCAAACUGUGGACUACGGCUCCUUUGGUCCACAGUCAAUUCUUGACCGACGAUGCGCGACAAACAAGGUCACUCAACUUCGGGACUUUUUUAACGAAAAAGCAGGUUUCUCACGACAAAUGCCUACCGAGCAGUUUGCGCCUAUGCCUCAACAUGAUCAGCGCUUCAUUUCGUCGGGUCUCCCCACACUACCAGAACAAUAUCAAUCAGCAUACAUGUGGAACCCGGAGGAGCUUCAGAAUAUGUACACAGCAGGUAGCUCUGCCACUUUUCCCUCUUCAAUUGCUCCCGCUCUUGCACGAUCUGCAAGUGACAACCCUACCUCCAACUCGGCUAUGAAACAAACCAUGUACCGCAUGCAAGAAGAGAGUCAACAACAUUCUCAAGCCCGGGAGCAGAAGCGCUGGGGAUCUUUCCCUCAGCAAUUUCAGUCAAGGAUGUAUAAAGAUCAGGCCAAUGGCUACGAUCAAACUAUGCAGCUCUCUGUUCAACCAGAGAGGAUCUCUCCUAAGAUCAAUCCCUACCUUUCAUAUACAUCCCCCAUCACCCCCGAUGCCACCCCCAUGAAGGGUUCUUUUGAUUUAUCCAUGUAUACCAAUGACCAGACCCCUAGCAAGCCCCAGAGUUUUUCUCACCCCCGGACACCUAUGACUGCUGAAAUGCAAAGAACCCAAUCUCUCGAAGAAAUGUCCGGAGAAAACGCCGUCCACCUGACUCAGAUGCCAUCACCUGCAACUUCUGUCGCCGACCAUGCCGAGCUAGCUGCUAUGCCAUCCCCCGUUCCUUGUGGAGUGUCACCUUACAAGAUUAGCGUGCCUCCUACACCCUCAGCUAGCAGGGGCCGUAAGCGUGCCUUAUCUCCCGCGUCAUCAUGUGGCCAAUCCGAGGAAGACAUGCCUGUCGAAAUUGAUGAGUUCGACCUCGACGCCCGCGUCAAAGCAUCUGUGAAGGAAAGUUCGGUAUCCAGUGAUGAGAUCGCUCAGUAUAUCUCCGGCCCGGACCCUAAAGACAACAAAUGGGUCUGCACUUUCUCCGGCUGCCACUGUCGUUUUGGUCGCAAAGAGAACAUCAAGUCCCACGUCCAGACCCACCUCAAUGACCGUCAGUAUGUAUGUGACCGAUGUGGAAAAGAUUUCGUUCGUGGACACGACCUCAAGCGUCAUCUGAAGACCCACUCCGGAAAGAAGCCCUUCGCCUGUGCUUGUGGUGCUAGCUUUGCCCGUCAAGAUGCUCUCACCCGACACCGCCAACGUGACAUGUGUGUUGGAGGCUUCACCGGGUUUGUUCCGAAAACCACCAAGCGCGGCCGCCCACCAAAGAAGAGCCGUCCCGAUAUUGAAACCCGUCAGAUCAAGUCUACUCGUACCCGUCAACGCGUUGCUCAACAGUCCGCCCCCGUUAUGCAGAUGAAGAUUGAGAGCAAUAUGCUCAACGAACAGCCAAUGUUCAACUCCCCCAACUAUGCCCCGUCUACUUCUAUGUCAGAAUUCACUCCGCCAACUUCCCCUGGUGCUGGUAUCGGCCGCGAUUCACCCAUCCCGUCAAGUAUUCCGAUGAACACCCAGCAGUUCGAGGACGACAUGCUUCCCUUGCCCCUGUCCCCACCUCAGAUGGCCCACACCCGAUAUGCUCGCGCCAUGGAACAAUUCGAUGCCAACAACUCAGCCUCCUCUCGUGACUGCUUGUAUAGUGAUCCUCUCUCCCCCUACGACAUGUCCUCACCGCACUCUGCGCCAACCCUCGCAGGGUCGACAGUGGGCUCUGAGAUUGAUGUCUUCAUCUCCCAGGACCCCACUGAGCAGUUGCAACAAGAAUUCAAGAUGGAGGACUUUGGAUCCAUCAGCUCUCAAAGCUACAACCUCCCAAGUAGCUAUGCCUACGUGGACACUGCAGAAUUUGGCAUCGGCUCCGGAAUGUACUCCGACGCCCCUGGAAAGACUAUCUCUGGUUUCAGCGCUCUCGAAAUGGACCCCUACUCCGACCAGAUCGAUUCCCUUUCCAGUGAAUUCCUGGUCGACCCUUGA